CAGUACCUCGACCCUCCUAUCGAGUUUCAGCGUUUUCCUUUAUCUACCCCAGCUUUCACUUUCUGUCGACUGCAGAUCCUCCCUCUCUUUCCUGUAUAGCCACUAUCAACAGCAAUUAUCAUUCGCAGACACAGAGCACCAUGAACUACUGCUAUUACGCCACGGAUAACCACCAACAUAUCCGUAUGGAUUACUCGGACCUGAGUGGAAGCGAUGUCGAGACGGCUUCUUCAUCUACCAUGAGCUCCUCCUCAGAAUCUUCAUCAAAUAUUGUACCCCGGAGAAUGGACCUGGUCGACCUUGACAUGGUCAAGCUUAUCAACACCGGAGGCAGCGGCAAAGUCUAUCUCGUUCGAGAUAAUAUCGACCGUCAGCACUUGGCGCUGAAGGUUAUACCAAAAUCAAGAAACGUGUUCCAUUGUAAUAGGACCAAAGUCACUACGGAGAAGAACAUUCAUUCAUUCUUAACCAUGGAGAGCGAUGAUUUUUUCCUACCUCUUGUCGCAACAUGGAGCGAUCGAGAAAAUUUCUAUCUUGCCUCGGAAUACAUUCCUGGAGGCGAUUUGGCGCUGCGAAUAAUGCAGCAACGCACUUUCGACGAAGUUGAAGCACGAUUCUAUAUCGCUGAACUCAUCGUAGCCCUUGAAAGACUCCACACGCGCAAAAUUAUCCACCGCGACAUCAAACCGAGCAACAUCCUCAUCCGACCCGAUGGUCACAUUGUUCUAGCCGACUUCGGCGUCUCAAAGCGAUUUUCGGAUCCUAGCGAAGACUCGGAUGAGUCCUUCUACACCGACUCUGAUGAUUCUUCCAACUCCAGUCGAUGCAGCUCAGCAUUAGAGGCUUGCCAUCGGCUUGGUAUCAAUAUCAGUGGCGCGCCUUCAGUAGAUGGCAGUAGCUCAGACGCGUCAGCGUAUAUGACUAGCGAUGACUGUGGCACACCGUACUUUAUGUCGCCUGAACAGCACCGCGGAGACCGGUAUUCGUUCGAGGUUGACUAUUGGGCUAUGGGAGUUAUCUUGUACAGGAUGGUGACAGGAAAGAUGCCAUUCGGCGACAGCGCAAUGAACAAGGGCCAGAUAGCGAGGAGUGUACUGGAAGACGACGUUUCAUUCAUUGGUCACUCGAGUACGAUCUCGAUGGUCACACAAGACUUCAUCCUCGGCUUGCUAGCGAAGGACCCUUGCCAUCGAUUACAUCCAUCCGAAAUACGAAAAGACCCAUUCUUCUAUGGCAUUGACUGGUCAUUAGUAGAGAACCGCGACCUAGCAGCUCCUUGGCGUCCGUACGUGGCGCCUAUCCCAAAACAAUCUCGCGCGAUCUUCGCCGGAUACCGAGAGCUUAGUUCAGCUUGUUAUAUGGAAGACUCCGCAGAUUCGUUUACUUGGUACAGUCCGUAUGCUCGCCUGCGACAUCUUAGGUCCCUUGAUUCCUCAUCGUGUGGUGGAAGCAAGAGCAGCUCGCGUUCUACUGCUUCGACGUUCGAUACACGAUGGAAAUCGUGGUUCCGAAAUGUGUUCUGUACGAGUGACGCGAAGAGCAGUAUGAGGAGAAGGCGAAGAAAGGGAUGGGUAGCGGCAUAG